UAUAAAACAGACUGGUUUAAGUUGUCAGGAGAAGAAAUGCAAAACGCCAGAAACAUUUUUGUUGGUUGUCUUUAAUUUGAGUUGGGUGCGAUUACCCCUAAACCAAUAUGGAGGAAUGCAAUUAAUAGGGCUAGGAUCAGAAGGGAAAUUUGCAGAAACGACCCUUUCUCAAUCUUUCUUAGUGUUAGCUGGGUUUCAUCUGUACCUUCUGAUACAAGUGAAACAUUAAAUUAAUAUUCAAGUGAUCAAUUCCCGAGCCCGUUCGACUAAAAGAUCGUUAUGAUUUCUAACAUCAUUCUUUGCUAGCCAAACAUUACGGAUGUAUAAGAAUUUCUUCAGCAAGGCUUCUAGAGAUGCUGGAUUCCAGGUUGAAUCUCUGCCUGUCAAAACCCGACCAUAAGGGGGGGGAUAUUCUUCCCUAAUACGAUGCGCUGAUGCAUUUGAACGCCAGAUUAACACACAAUUAACCAUACAUAUACUAGUAUUUCGAUAAUCCUUUCGCAAAGUUCAAGUUAAUCCUUGUGUUCUCUCGUUCUUGACAGAAAGAAACUGGCAAUCUGAUGGAAACCUGGAAAUCACGAUGUUACCGACAACCCGAUGGCUUCUUGUUCAAAGUUUGAAACUUUUUGGCGUAAGAACUUGCUAAUUAAUUCGAGAAGUAUCAUUGCUUAAUGGACAGAACCUCCAAAAAGCGUCAAACUAGCAUACAUAUCGACAAGUCCCAUUCAGGAUGCGGCUUAAACUUUGGAGGGUAUUUAUGUUGGUUUUCUGCUAUUAAGCCAUUCCUUGCCCCGCCUUGAGGUAAGCCCUCACUACUUCCUUUAUUCUUUUAAAAAAAUCAUGUAAGAGCAUGAACGGCUCAACUUAUGCUGCUGCUAUAUCUUGCCUUUUUUCUUUUUUCUUGUCGACAACUUGUUUGUUUGUUUUUUCUUUUUCAUCUAACUACAUUGUCUAAUAUUUUAUUAAUGAUUAUAUAUUUGAAUCUUGGAAACCAUUUUAAUAGUUGUCUAAUAUUUUAUUAAUGAUUAUAUAUUUGAAUCUUGGAAACCAUUUUAAUAGUUGAUCUGUUCACUGAGCGGCUUAAGAGAAGAAGCAAAGAUCAACUCAAUUUGUCUUAUCGAGGGCCAAUUUUCAAUUCAAGAAGACACGGGUGGAAGGAAUGGCAAGUGAAUUGCAUGGAUUUUCGUUGCUUCUGAGUUCAAAGCAUCUGAUUUAGGAAAUACAAAGACCGUCAAUGUAACCCAGAAAAAGACCACCAAAAGAUUGUUGGCUGCUCGGACUCUUGCAGAUGUUGCUAAUGAUUUGAUGGCCUUGCAGUCACCAUUACAUGGACAAUUAGAAGUGGACCCAAAGACUGUUGCUUCCAUCAUAUUAGGUGGUGGAGCUGGAACUCGUCUUUUCCCUCUUACUGAAAGAAGAGCUAAGCCUGCUGUACCAAUUGGAGGAUGCUAUAGGCUGGUAGAUAUACCGAUGAGUAAUUGCAUUAACAGUGGCAUUAAUAAAAUUUACAUCCUUACUCAAUUUAAUUCCCAGUCCCUCAACCGUCACAUUUCCCAAACUUAUAAUUUAGGGAGUGGCAUCCACUUUGGCGGUGGUUUUGUUGAGGUAUUAGCAGCAACUCAAACCCCUGGAGAAUCGGGAAAUAAGUGGUUUCAGGGGACAGCAGAUGCUGUAAGACAAUUUCUCUGGUUGUUUGAGGAAGCUGAGCAUAGAAACAUAGAGAACAUUCUGAUAUUGUGUGGGGAUCAUCUCUAUCGAAUGGAUUACAUGAACUUUCUGCAGAAGCAUAUUAGUUCAAAUGCUGACAUAUCUAUAUCGUGUCUCCCAGUGGAUGAUAGUCGUGCUGCUGAUUUUGGUUUAGUGAAGGUUGAUGGAUCAGGACGGAUCAGUCAAUUCCUGGAAAAACCUAAGGGAGAACAGUUGAGGUCUAUGCAUGUAGAUACAACUGUCCUCGGCUUAUCAACUCAAGAAGCAAGGAAAUUCUCAUAUAUUGCAUCUAUGGGUGUAUAUUUGUUUAAAACCGAUGUUCUACUAAACCUCCUCAGGCGCUGCUAUCCAAAUGCAAAUGAUUUUGGGUCUGAGGUCAUUCCAAUGGCUGCAAAGGAUUUUAAUGUGCAGGCGUAUCUUUUCAGUGGAUAUUGGGAAGAUAUUGGGACUAUAAAGUCUUUUUUUGAUGCAAACAUGGCCCUAAUGGAUCAGCCCCCUAAGUUUCAGUUGUAUGACCAGUCAAAGCCAAUCUUUUCACGUCCUCGAUUCUUACCACCAACUAAAUUGAACAAGUGCCAGGUAAUGAAUUCUUUGAUUUCAGACGGUUGCUUUUUGAGAGAAUGCAGUAUUGAGCAUUCAAUUGUGGGAAUCCGCUCCAGAAUAGAUUCUGGAGUGCAGUUGAAGGACACCAUGAUGAUGGGUGCUGACUUUUACCAAACUGAGGCUGAAGUGGCAGCUCUUUUGGCGGAGGAAAAUGUUCCAAUAGGCAUUGGAAAGGACACGAAAAUUGUAAAUUGUAUAAUCGAUAAGAAUGCGAGAAUUGGGAAAAAUGCGGUCAUUGCCAAUAAAGAUAAUGUGCAGGAGGCAGACAGACCUUCUGAGGGUAUCUACAUUCGAUCAGGAAUCACAGUGGUGCUCAAAAACUCGGUGAUAGGCGACGGUGCAGUCAUUUAAAUGGUGAUGGAAAGUCUUUGACUGGUUAUGGCAUAACCGACCAACAAAGACACGCAAUUGAAGGCAUACUAGCCCUCAAACUUUUGCUCCGAAUAAUUAAGAUCCAUGAACAAGCGCAAACAUCAAGUUUUGAGUCUUCAUUCGUCAAGGUUUGAAGUGACGCGAAUGAUCGUUUUGACUGAUGGCACCUCGGCGGGGCUGUUGAAUUCAUUCAUAGCGUUAAUUUUAUUCAUUUUAAUUUGCGAUUUUUGUAUCAUUGAAUAUUAUAUUUGAAUAAGUAUGAACACAAAGGCAGUCACGGGCAAGGAUAAAUUUGUGUUGGUUCCCCGUAAAAAACUCUUCAAGACGCACUUCCAGUAAAUGAUUCCUGUCAAUAAUCUCAUUAUAGAUUAGAUUGUCUUGUAUUUUUUGGGAUGGGGUUUUAAAAUGUUAUUUUGGAUGAAUUAAAAAACCUCUCUAGCCAUGUAAAGUAGAUUUGUAGAUUCGCGCGAUCACUAUCAAUUUGUGGAUUACUCCUACUUCACUUUCACUGUCCAAAUCUCAUGUAGUCACUGUUGGCCUUGAUCAGCUAGAGCCAGGGGAUUCCAGUUCAUCUUGAUAGCUCCAAGGAGAAAAGGAACGGGGGAUAUACAACACUUGUCAAGCUGGAGAUGAAAAGGCAAACGCGGAAUCGCAUUAUUAAUUUACACCAAAAGUGUUCAAGUGUGUGUGUGGGGAGAGAUAUUAAAUAUUAUCACACGUUAGCCCGAUUUACUAGAAGAAUGAAAGAGUAGGUAGGGCCUAGGGCUGGGAUUAUUCAGUGUAUACUAUCUUAUAUUCCCCUCCCUCCCACCAAGACUUUUGAGCA